AUGGAGACCAACCAACAACAAAAAACUCAAACCUACCUUGUCCCUUCCCUGGAUAUAAACAAAACCUCCAAACCGAAAAGCAUUACACAGAGUCCCAACCGUUAAUUUCAAACUAAUGAUAAACAGACCUGGUCGUGGGUUGGGCCGCAGUGUCCCCGGAACUGUUGGAGGAGGCGUGUGUGUCAUCACCUGCGACGGGGUUUUUUAUCCUUUUUUUGAAGGAAAUCUCGUGCUUUGUGGGAUGAAGAGUGAUUGUGUAUAUUCAUGGCAGUGAAUGUGUAUAUAGUGUUUGAUGGUUGAUCAGUUUCUUCUUGUUUUUUUUGAGCAACCGUGACAACCAUGGAAGUAGAGGAAAAUAUCGCUAAUGUAAAUUACAAGAUUACUAUUCCCAAGUUUUCCACACACAAAGACCUGAAUCACACGUUUACUGAAGUCUUCCCUCUCUCUGUAAAUAACCUCCGUUUUCUGUGGAGGCUCACGAUCGUCCCUUUUAUCAAAGAAAACGGUGAGACCGAGAGGACUGACUUAAUCAAUCACGAUAUUGGCAUAUCGCUUGAGUGUCAGAAAUGCAAUGUAAACCACCCAAAUUUAGAGGUAUAUUGUAAUGUGAAAGGAAGGGAUCAACAUGAAAAACUGUUACCUAGAAUGGAUUAUAACAGCAUGGUAUGGAAGGACGUGCUAAUAUCAAGGUUAGCCCUCAAGGUGUUCAACCUCCUUGAGGACGACAAACUAGUCAUAAAUUUAAGGUUCGUGGUAACCGGUCGUGACCUCUCGCGAGCCGUUGAUGGCGUGAGUGAGAUGUCCCGUGACCUAAGUCGCCUCCUGGAGAGUGGCGCUCAAAGCGACGUCGAUCUGGUCACCAGGGACGGCGUGCGGUUGCCUGUCCACUCCGCCAUUCUCGCUGUGCGGUCGAAUCUCCUGCAGAGGGCAGCCAAGAAGGGCAGGGUUUCUGCAGCGUCGACGCCCCGAACGCAGGCGGGGACUCCACCAGUCAAGCGCGAAGACACGCCCAUCAACAGCACCUUCGGGAGCAUGUCUUCAGGGUACCAUUCCGCCGCCUCCUCCCCCGACACCUUCUCCUCCACCGCCUCCUCCGGCCACCCGCCGAGUGCCCUCGUGACCACCCCGAUGAAGGCCCUCGCGCUCCACAGCCCCGGCCCCGCUUCCCCCCGAACCUCCCCGAGCUCUAGCAAAAUGAGUCGGCGGCCGCCCACGCCCAAAAGAGUCGCCCUAAGUCAGCGCCCGCCCACGCCCAGAAGAAAUCUCAGCAUCCAUCACCUCACGCCAGCAAGAAGUCCCAUCAAGCGGCCUCUCACUCCCGCCGUCGAGUCUCCCAGCAAACGGACCAACGUCGGCGGCUCCUCCAGCAAGUUCUCGGAGGAAAACAAGGAAAAUAAGAGUCUCAAGAUCUUCCACUACCGCCCCAGGCCGUCGCCCUUCACGUGCCCCAGCGACUCCCCCGGGCGAGCGAGGGAGGCGGGCGAAGCGCCGGUGGGGGGUAAGGGGCCGGAGAGAUUGCAGGUGGAAGUGAGCAUGACUGCCUCUGUGGCCACGGAGUUGCUGCACUGGAUAUACACGGGCGAGAGCGACGACCUAGGGGCCCUGGCGCGGCCGCUCCUGGUGGCGGGCAUCCGGCACGGAAUGAGCGGGCUGACGCGGGCGUGCGAGGACCACCUGGCGGCCGCCCUCACGCCCGCCUCCGCCCCCGACGUCCUCUAUCUGGCGCACAAGUAUGGGGCGACGUCGCUGCGGGAGGACGCGCUCGAGUAUACUGUCCAGAAGGCGGCCGAGGUGACGGCGCAGGCAUCAUGGGCGGCCCUUGGAGAGCGCGCGCCCACGCUUAUCAUGGAGUUCAGCCGCCGGCUCGCCCUGCACGACCACGGCCUGGCUGCCAACGCAUGAUCAUGGGUCUCGGAUCUUUUAUAUAUA